AAACCAGCACGCUUGGUGCCGUGGAUCUGGGUGAUGUCCCUAGAACAGUGGAGCAGAGCAGAAUUCCUAGGUAGGGUGUAGGGAGGUCAAAGGGAAAAGGUACCAAGACUAGAGAAGUAUUUGUUCUCGCUGGCGUUUCUACUGCAACAGGCUUUAUCAGUGAUACUCUCUUCAGUUCUGAUUCCUUUUUUGUUGGUUUGCUUUUUGAGACAGGGUCUCACUAUGUAGCACUCAGGCUGGCCUUGAACUUAGUGUUCCACCUGCCUGAGCCUGGCUUUCGGUUGUGGUUUUAAAGAGAAAGUGGGGCAUGGUGGCGCACACCUAUAAUCCCAGCACUUGGGAGGCUGAGGCAGGAGGAUAGCUGAGUUCGAGGCCAGCCUGUCUCAAAAGCAAGACCCUGUGUCAAAAAAAAAACAUAAAAGGAAUGUAGUCCUGGAGGCAAGGUCCAGAUUGCUGCUCAGCGGUGUUUGUGCGCCCCCUGCUGGGGGAGCUGAGCCGGCUGGUCUGCAGGUUGGGUGGGGGCGCCUGCUGAGUGAGCGCAGUGGGACCCGAGUCUGGAGGACAGCAGGUGGUGCCAGACACAGCUAAUGCCCAACCCUGAGGGGAGGACGUAGGCUUCGGGCAUGUAGGAUAGGGUAGACACUUCAGUGAAGGUUCAGCUGUCAGGUGGUGCCCUGUCUGGGCCGCCACUCCCACACUCAGGAGCCAGACUUUGUGGGUGAGGACACGUCGUCCCUCCUGCCAAGGUAAUGACUUCCUCCUCGAGCCAGGAUCCUGCCCCAGGCAGGAAUAUAGCUCUGCCCCUCCGGCAGCUCCUUUCAGAUGCCUGCCAACAGCACCCUGAAGCUCUGGAUCAAGGAGCAUGGUCCCAGGAAAGUGGGCUUUCAGGGCACCCCACCGGAACCGCUGCUGUCCACACUCCGCCAUGAAGGGCUACGUGCUGGUAGACGUGCUGGUCGUGGUGGGCUUCGCACUGGGAAAGGCUCCUGUUCCCGAAGUCCGGACCUGCCACUUCUGCCUCUUAGAAGACCCUUUUGUCGGAUGCAUUUCCGGCUCGGAGAAGUGCACCACCAGCAGCUCGUCCCCGUGCAUGGUGAUCUCCAUCUAUUACGAGAUCAAGGUCCGCUUCAACAUCCGAGGCUGUGGACAGAUCAAUUCCUACCGCUGCCAAGAGAAGCGCCACACUUACUUCGCCCAGUACUGGUACCAGGUGCAGUGCUGUCAGUACGAUUACUGCAACUCCUGGGCCAGCCCCCAGCUCCAGAGCUCCCUGCCUGAGCCCUCCGAGGGGCCCCUGGCUCUGCCUCUGUCCGACGCCCAGGCCCGCCGGUUUUACCACGCCCUGAACCUCUCCUUGCCCCUGCCUAGCGUCCAUGUAGGGAAGGAGCCUGAAGGCCUGGGCCCCCAGGACCCCCUGGCCACCCUGCCCCUGGCGCUGGGCUUGUCCCUUGCUGACCUGCGACAUGUGUACCUGUUCUUCAACAGCUCAGGGCUUCUGGUUCUUCCCAGGGCUGGGUCCUGACACCUUCCUUUCCCACGCUGCACCCCUGGUAUCCUGCCGUACCUCACCCUGUGCUCCCUGCGCCCUCCUGGGCUUCCCUCCUUUGACCUAAGUUUUACCCCCCCCACCCCCCCCAUCCUGUGUUGCUCUUUCUGCCUCCUAGAAAAACGCUAGUGUAGAUUGCUCCCUGGCUGGCGAGAGAAAGGCACAGCGGUUCCCGUCAUCGGAGUGCUGCACCCCCCACCCUGGCCCCACGCUGUGUCCACUCAGGCCUGCGCCGUAUCCGCUCGGGCCUGUCUCUAAGACUCGGUGGCGCAUGGCCUUCCAGCGGGAAGCAUGGGUAGAGUCUCUGCAGCUGUCCUGACGCGGCACUCCAGCCCUGCUGCCGCCCGGUCUUCUGCUCAGCCUCGUCGCAGUCCUUGGCCGCCUUGGCCCCUUUUACCUCACUGAGUCCUUGUGCACCUGCUGAAAGGGGAGGAGAGGGCUGUGUGGGUUUGCUGUGUCUCCCAUUGCCCUGCACAAUAAACCAGGCCGGGGUAACUGCCA